CACCGAUCAUCGUGGCAUGCUCAGUGUUAAUAAACAACAGAUUCAGAGGGCCUUGGGAAUAAACCACUUGCUGAGUUAUCUAGCACCAUACCAAUGGCCCGUUUCGAGUGCGAACAGCCAGUGCUUAAGCCAUUGCCCGAGAACGUCACCGGGGCAAAUAGUAUCCGUGAAGGCUACUUAGUGUUCUGCCAUGACGAGUGAAACAAGGGCGCCGCUGUUCAACACCAACCCUAUCUGGCACAACCACGAGAACUUCGCGUUCGUUAGGCAACAAACGUGGCCAUCACCAUUCACGAUCGAAUCGCCCUUCAUAUAUCAAAAGCGAGACCAGUCUUCCAUCACAGUACAGAUGGCUGAGUGGUUGAAACAUUGGUUUACCGGCUCCUUCUUUAGGAUGAAUCUUGGUUCCCGAGGUAUUGGGCGGCAGAACGUCAUGGGUUCAAUCCCAUGGCAUGUCGUUUUGCUUUUUUUUGACCAGAUUUUUCGAAAAGAUACGUCAUGCUUGGUUUGGUCUAUAUAUGGUGUCGAUUUACAGGCCUGGGAGUCAAGGCUGUGCGUCUAUUUUGCGUCUGUGAAGUACCUGCUGGAUACUCAUGGACAUGGUGCCUUGCGGUCGAUAGCAUUUAAACGUAAAGAGCCGGAGAGGGCGGUGGUAGUAGUACUGUUGUUACGCGAAGUCCCACGAGUUCUUGCUGCUUGUUGAACAUGCGGGAGAAUCACAGUCCGUAGAACCCCUUUUAUCUGCCCAGACAGAGUGCGAUCCUCCUAGACUUGGGUAACUAUCUACGUUCCUAUAUUGGCCACAUCAAAGUCCUUAAUCAUCCCUCGACCAGUCCCAACGACAUCAACAUACCCGCCAUCAACAUACCCGCCAUCAACAUACCCGCCAUCAACAUACCCGCCAUCAACAUACCCGCCAUCAAUAUCGACAUUCCACUAUGCUUUGCGUGCGUAAGAGCUCCUCGAUCAAGUGUCACUCCAAAGCUUCUUAGCAACAGUAAGCGGAAUUCGCACG